GAGUCUGGGAAGAAAUUUGUGAUAGUGAUUCCUCCUCCUAACGUCACUGGGAAACUUCAUAUAGGCCAUGCGUUGACAAAUAGUAUUCAAGAUACAAUUGUUCGAUAUCAUAGAAUGCUUGGAGAUACUACUUUAUGGGUUCCGGGUGUUGACCACGCCGGGAUAGCUACUCAAGUAGUAGUUGAGAAGAAAUUAAUGAAGGAGCAAGGGAUCACCAGACAUGACAUUGGCCGCGAGAAGUUCCUUGAAGAAGUAUGGAAGUGGAAAGAUGAAUAUGGGAAAGGGAUAUGUGAACAACUGAAGCGACUUGGGAGUUCUCUUGAUUGGUCUCGUGAAGUCUUUACAAUGGAUGAGACGCGCAGUCAAGCUGUUAAAGAGGCGUUUUGUCGGUUCUAUGAGAAAGGGUUGUUAUAUAGAGAGCAGCGAUUAGUGAAUUGGUGUUGUACCUUAAAGACUGCGAUCAGUGAUAUUGAAGUUGAUUACAUAGAUAUUGAGAAGCCGACUCCGAUUAAUGUCCCUGGGUAUUCGAAGCCAAUAGUCUUUGGUAAUUUGACAGAGUUUUGUUAUCCAUUAAUUAACCCUGAGACUGGUAAAGAAGAUGGGAUGAUGCAUAUAGCUACGACUCGUAUUGAAACGAUGUUAGCUGAUGCGUGUGUGUGUAUUCAUUCGCAAGAUGAGAGAUAUAAGAAGUAUCAUGGGUGGAGUGUGAAGCACCCAUUCAAUGGGAAGUUGUUACCAAUCAUCGAAGACGAUGAAUUGGUAGAUAUGAACUUUGGGACGGGAUGUGUGAAAGUGACACCAGCGCAUGAUCCGAAUGAUUAUAAUGUUGCGUUGAGACAUCACUUACCAAUAGUGAACAUGUUGAAUGACGAUGGCACAUUAAAUAACAUUUGCGGGGAAUUUGCGGGGAUGAAACGAUUUGAUGCGCGUGAGGCGAUCAUCAAGAAAUUGAAAGAGAUGAAUCUCUAUGUUGGAGUGAAGCCAUCAGCUAUGCGCGUUCCUUUAUGUAGUCGAAGUAAAGAUGUUAUUGAGCCACGCGUGAAACCGCAGUGGUGGGUCAAUUGUAAGAAUAUGGCCGAACGUGCUGUGAAAGCUGUUCGUGAGAAUGAAUUAGAGAUGUAUCCUGCUGAGAUGAAGAAUGUGUGGUACCGAUGGUUAGAGAACAUUCAUGAUUGGUGUAUUUCACGACAAUUAUGGUGGGGACAUCGUAUUCCUGCGUAUUUAGUGAAUGUCAAGGACACGCCUGAAGUUGAUGAAAUGGAUAUGAAGAAUUGGGUAGUAGCAAGAAGUGAAGAAGAAGCGCGUCAGUUAGGAGCAAAGGCACGGAACGUCGAUAUCUCAUUAAUUGAGUUAAAACAAGAUCCGGAUGUCUUAGACACAUGGUUCUCAUCAGGAUUAUUCCCAUUCAGUGUUAUGGGAUGGCCUGAGAAGACUUUAGACGUCGAGAAGUAUUUCCCUGGGGAGUUAUUAGAGACGGGACAUGACAUUAUAUUCUUCUGGGUAGCUCGAAUGGUGAUGAUGUCAUUAGAACUAACUGAUAAGAUCCCAUUCAAGCAAGUCUUAUUCCACUCGAUCAUUCGAGACGCACAAGGAAGAAAGAUGUCGAAGUCAUUAGGGAAUGUUAUUGAUCCCAUCGAUGUCAUUGAAGGGAUCUCUUUGGAGGGAUUAAACGAGAAAUUGAAGAUCUACAAUUUGUCGGAGAAGGAAAUUGCAAUUGCGACUAAAGGACAACAAAUGAACUUCCCCCACGGGAUCGAAGAGUGCGGGACGGACGCGAUGAGGUUUGCGUUGUUGGCUUAUAUGACGCAAGGCAGAGAUAUUAACUUGGACAUCAACCGAGUAGUUGGGUAUCGAAACUUCUGUAAUAAGUUGUGGAACGCGUUUAAGUUUGCGUCAAUGAACUUCUCUGAAGACUUUACGCCAUCAAAGAAAGUCGAGUUACAUGCGAAUUGCAGUGAAAUUGAUCGUUGGAUUUUCCAUCGUAUGAAUGUGAUGGUUGAGACUUUAAGAAAGCAAAUUGAAAGUUACGAAUUUGGGAAUGCGACACAAACACUUUACUCAUUCUGGUUGUACGACUUCUGCGACGUCUUCUUGGAAGCGUCAAAGCCGACAUUUAGAGGAAAAGAAAAUGAGAAGAGAAAAGCAGCUGAACUGACGUUGUAUGACGUCAUGGAAGUCGGGUUGAGAGCACUUCAUCCCUUCAUGCCUUUUGUUACUGAAGAACUUUGGCAACGGAUGAAGAGAAGAUCGACGGACGUUGAUUCAAUUAUGAUGAGUCAGUACCCCGAAUUUAACACGGAAUUUGUCAAUGAGAAAGUCGAAGAAGAAGUCAAGUACGUCUACACUAUAGUCAAGGCAAUUCGUUCAUUGAACUCUACUUACCAACAAGCUAUCAUUCAAUCAAAACAAAAGCCAGAAUGCACCGUCGUCUCAAAUGAAGAAUACUUGAAUCAAUUCGCAGAGAUGAUCGAAAGUCUCGCAAGCACCGGGAAAGUCUACAUCCAAAAGGAAGAUAACUUAAAGGGAAUGCCAAUGGUUGUCGUCGACUCAAACACUAAAAUCUACUCCCAUUUGAUCGGAAUUAUCGACCCAAUUCUUGAGGUCAAAAGACUCGGCGAGAAGGCGGAAAGCUUGAAGAAAAAUUUGGAGGAAGUCGAGGCAAAGACAAAGGACGUCCACUUCGACAAAACACCAGAGGAAGUCAAAAAGUCACUGUUUGAAAAAAUCGAGAAGAUCAAGGAGGAAAUCAAGAGCACAGAAAGCGCUGAGAAGGCUUGCAAAGAAAUGACAAACUGA